GUUCAAAGACAUCAUUCACUUCACAAAUAAAAAAAAGGCAGUCAGAACACUAUUUUCAUUAAAAUUUUUUUGGUUUUAAUUAACCGCCAUCACAUCAUUCGCCCAGCAAGGCAGCAGUGCUCCUCCAAAUGAUCAUUCCUGUUCGUUGUUUUUCCUGCGGGAAGGUUGUCGGUGACUUAUGGGAACGAUACUUACAACUGUUAGACGAGGGUAUUGCAGAUGGGGACGCCAUGGACCAACUGGGCUGCAAACGAUACUGCUGUCGGAGAAUGAUUAUGACUCAUGUUGAUUUGAUUGAGAAACUCCUCAGGUAUAAUCCGACGGAGAGGGAGCGAGCGAAAUCUCAAAUCUGAACACAUAUCUACUCUUCUGCCUCGAGCUAUCCGUGAGAAUACUAUCAUGUCCUUGUUACCAAUACAGAAUGGUUGAUAACUUGUUGUUUUGGAUUCACCGCUGUGCUUGGUAUCUGGAUAUUGUUAAGACAAACUCGAAGAGUUCGUGGAUAUUACACGGUGCAUAACAAGGUACAAGAUUAUAAACAAUAUGAUAGCAGUGGCGUUUAUCAGGCGUUGGGACUUAUAUGGAUGCAUAUACAAUGUAAAUAGUUGUCAAUGAAGGGUUAUUUCAGUGCUUGUUGUGUGACUUGCUGGCAUCCUUACGUGGAAAACCUUCUGGGGAGGUUGGUUUUCUU